AAUCGUGUAUUUAAAUAUAUACUUUUACGCGCGACUUAUAUGGUGCAAAUAACGAUAUAGCAAUUAAUUAGGUGUUUGGGAUUCUGGUGAUCUUCGUUUAUAAGUUAUAACAAUGAGUUUUAAAGACUUUAAUUUUGAACACAGUGAUGAUGAUGUUGAAGUAUCAGAUUUACAAGAGCUUAGUUCGGUUUUGGACUUUAUUGGCCCACCAAGUACUGCAUCAACGUCACAAAUUACUUCUCCAUAUAUCAACGCCGACACUGCUGAACCAGUUUAUACAAAAAUAGACGAAGCAUUAUCACUGAACAGGUUAGCCGACGAAAAGUUACAUGGACUGGAAAAAAUCCUUAUGUUACGAUUAAACGAAUGCAAUCAUAAAUUAAAAAGUAUUGAAUCUAAAUAUAAGAGAAAUAAGUUUUUUGACAAAAAUGAAUCAUUUAGAUAUGUAAGCUGUGGAAAACCAUAUUUUAAAGAUAAAUCUAAUUUUACACCUCCUCACAAUAAAGACACUAUUACUAUGUUGAAUAACGGAAUGUAUAACUUCUCAACAAUAAGUCCGGUCCCUGGCUGGACUGUCAGAGACAAGAGUCAAUUUCUUACUAUGAUUCAUAGGGUCUCCCUGGAUAUCCUCAGGAAAAAAGUUGAGACAAAGAUAACAGAGUUAAAUCGUGAAAAGAAGAUACAACCUAAUAUUAAAAUUGAUAGAAAAAUAGAAGCCUUAAAACAUGAAAUUGUUCUUAUUAACAAAAUGACAUUGAAGCAAUCAGCAUUACCAAUAAAUGAGGAUUAUGAUUGGGACUGUAUAGCUAAUAAGCUAAAUAAUCGCCAUUCUGCACACGAAUAUGAAGCUCUAUGGAAAUUGUUUUUACAUCCCAAUAUUAAUAAAAGUGCUUGGUCUAAAAAUGAGCAUACAUCAUUACAGAAAAUUGCUUUCAGUAAUAACUUUCAAAAUUGGGAAGAUAUUGCUACAAGACUGGGGACAAAACGUACUGGCUAUCAGUGUUUUGUUUAUUUCCGUACAAACAUGAACAACACAUUCACUGGUCAAAAAUGGACAAAAGAAGAAGAGGAGUAUUUGAAGAGAUUAAUAGAUUAUUAUAGAGAAGAUAAGUACAUUCCUUGGGGUAAAGUGGCAACAUCAAUGGAAAAUAGAACUAAAAUACAGGUUUACAACAAAUAUAAUAGACUAAUCGAGCAAAGGAAAGGAAGAUUUUUACCUGAAGAGGACACAGUGAUUCUGACAUGUGCAGACCAAUUUGGACUUGACUUCAAAAGAAUGACAAAUUACUUACCUGGCCGGUCAUUAGGACAAUUGCGUAUCCGGUAUCAAAUCUUAGCCAAGCAAAGAAUUUCAACAGUGUGGACAGUAGAGGAGGAUAAUAAACUUAUUCAAUUACUAGCAAACAAAAAAACACCUACGGUAUAUUCUGACCUGACUAAAUAUUUCCCUGGUAAAGAUAGAAUGCACAUAAGAAGUAGACAUAUGACACUAUUAAAAUGGAUGAAACUUAAUCCUAAUAGUGAUGUUUCAAGAGCACCCAGGCGAGCAGCACGACGAUUAGGUCAUGGACAACCUUCCGAUAACAAUUUGCACAAGGCAAUUGAAAAUCUAAAGAACCGAAUUAAAUCAGAAGUGGAAGAACGCAAAUGCAAAAAAAUAACAAUCAAUUCACCAGAAAAUGUUAUUGAAGAUGGUAUUAUGGCAACAUUAGUUAAUCAAAUCACAAAAGUUGAAGAAGUUAAAAAACUACAACAAACACAAAAUGAAGUAUUGGAAUUCUUAGAAGAUGUUAGUAUUUCACCUCAAAAUUUAAAUGCAACAAACAUAAAGAAGUUGCUCAUUUUAUUUAAAUCUAAGUUGGACAAAAGCAAGCUGGCAAAUAAUUGAUAAUAUUACAAUAAUUACAAAAUGAUGGAUUUAAAAGCUUGU